AGGUGGCAACCAUGCAGGUUAAAUGGACACGGCUAACGACGCCUGAGAAAAGACGUGAAAUUCCACUUUAGCAGGGAACAGCCGGCGAGCCGGCGAAAAGAGAUGUUGAAAUGUUGUUUCUUUGCCUUUGUUUCCAACCGCCUCCAUUCACUGAUUCGCCUUAUUAAGGACCACCAUGGGACCGACUGUUGGACAUUAUUCAAUGCUGUGCUGAUCAUACUGCUAUUUUUUACGUGACUGUAGCCCGAUUUUGCAGCAGUCCGCCAUGAGGAAGCAAAAAGGUGGCGAUAAAUUAGCUGCUGGAUCGACCCAGCAAAAUGUCAAACGAUCUCGAAAGACCUCCCCAAGGGAAAAGUCCACAGCCACCCAUAGCAGUCGAAGCUCGAUCUACAGAGGGGUCACUAAGCACAGAUGGACUGGUCGAUAUGAGGCACAUCUGUGGGACAAAACGUGCUGGAAUGAGUCCAGGAACAAGAAAGGCCGGCAAGUUUAUCUGGGAGCAUAUGAGGAUGAAGAGACUGCAGCACAUGCGUAUGAUCUGGCUGCUCUCAAGUACUGGGGUUCGGAAACAACAUUAAACUUUCCUUCGACCACAUAUACCAAAGAACUGGAGGAAAUGCAAAACAUCUCGAGAGAAGAGUAUCUUGCUUCUCUCAGAAGGAGGAGCAGUGGUUUUUCAAGAGGAGUCUCAAAAUACCGUGGUGUUGCCAGACACCAUCAGAAUGGGCGUUGGGAGGCUAGAAUUGGCAGGGUAUUUGGUAACAAAUACCUUUACCUAGGAACAUACAGUACAGAGGAGGAAGCAGCUGCUGCAUAUGACAUGGCUGCAAUAGAAUACAGAGGACUAAACGCCGUUACAAACUUCGAUCUGAGCCAUUACAUCACAUAUCUUCGUCCAGGCCAGAACUUCAUUAUACCCAACACAUCAUCACCUUCACCAACGGAGAAUCAAAAUGAUAAUGGCAACAUCAAUGAUAGCCUGCAAGCAAUUCCUGAAGCAAUAAGUUCAUCUCCAUCUGCUUCUACAGCUGUGGAGCUCCUGUUUCAAUCGAACAAGUUCAAAGAAAUGCUGGAGAGGACUUCUGGAAUAGGAUUCCAACGGGAUCAGCCAGAGACAUCUGAAGGGAAGCAGGAAUCCAGCUACUCAGAUGAAUUUGAUUUUCUGUUUGAGGCCUCGGACAUACUGAAUGUCCAAUCUGAUCAAGAAAUGGGCAGUUUUGGUGAGAUGACAGGAAAUAGUAUGGACAUAUUUCAUGGUAUUCAAGCAGAUAUGCAAAUUCAAAUCCCAGUUAAUUUACAGAUGUGUAGCAGUGAGCUUGAAUUGGAUAAUCAAGAUGUGCAGGACUGCCCUACAAUAAUCAGCACUUACUUUUGAUCACAGUAUCAUGUAUUGAAAUUCCAUCUUAACUUGAGAAGAGUAAAUAGAAGCGGAUGAUUUGUCUUUACGUUUCCGUCUAAUUUAAUAAUCAAAGCUAUGGAGAGUCUUGGUCUCCAAGCAGGGAAACGUUAUAAUGGAACAAGGAGGCCAGCUCGUUCUGAAAAGUAAAAUGAUUCCAUCUUUUUAUGUUUA